AUGGCUAGUAGGACACCAGGGCGGCAGUUGAAGCCGAAAAGGCAAAAUAAACCGGAUUCACGACAGGAGAAGAGAAAGCGAGACCAAGAGGAUCUGCAGAAAUUGGAACAGGCAGUGAUUGUCCUUGACCCAAAGUCUACAGAAAUCAAAAACUUUUCCGAUCUUCCUCUCACAGAGGCCACCACCUCUGGGCUCAAGGCCUCGCACUUUCAGACCCUCACCGAAGUUCAACAGCAGGCCAUCCCACUCGCCCUCAAGGGAAACGACGUGCUCGGCGCGGCCAAGACUGGUAGUGGCAAGACUCUGGCAUUCUUGAUCCCAGUAUUAGAGAAAUUAUAUCGAGCGCAAUGGACGGAAUUCGACGGCCUCGGCGCCUUGAUCAUCUCUCCGACUCGUGAGCUCGCGGUGCAAAUUUUCCAAGUCCUUCGCAAGAUUGGUCGCUACCAUGCCUUCUCGGCCGGACUGGUGAUUGGCGGCAAGAAUUUAAAAGAGGAGGCGGAGCGACUGGACCGAAUGAACAUUUUGGUCUGCACGCCUGGUCGCAUGCUGCAGCAUUUGGAUCAAACAGCGGGUUUCGAUGCGAAUAAUUUACAAAUCCUGGUCUUGGAUGAAGCAGAUCGAAUCAUGGACAUGGGGUUUCAGUCUGCAGUUGAUGCGCUUGUAGAGCACUUACCCAAGUCUAGACAAACGCUCAUGUUCAGUGCGACCCAAAGCAAGAAGGUAUCCGACCUCGCCAGAUUGAGUCUCAAAGAACCCGAAUACGUCUCAGUCCACGAGGCGGCUGCGAGCGCGACCCCGACAAACCUACAACAACACUACAUCACAACUCCCUUACCCGAGAAACUCGAUACACUAUACGGCUUCCUCAAAUCAAACUUGAAGAGCAAAAUCAUUGUUUUCCUGAGCUCAGGAAAACAAGUCCGAUUCGUCUACGAAAGCUUUCGCCACCUUCAACCAGGUAUUCCCCUGCUACACCUUCAUGGCCGACAAAAGCAAUUGGCCCGCCUCGAAAUCACAUCCCGAUUCACUGCGGCCAAACACUCUUGUUUGUUCGCCACGGAUGUCGUAGCGCGAGGCAUUGAUUUCCCAGCCGUCGAUUGGGUCAUUCAAGCAGAUUGCCCCGAAGACGUAGACACAUACAUUCACCGCGUCGGACGUACAGCAAGAUAUCAGAGCAACGGCCGAGCUGUGCUAUUCCUGGAUCCCAGCGAAGAAACCGGCAUGAUCAAGCGACUGGAGCAAAAGAAGAUCCCCAUCCAAAGAGUCAACGUCAAAGAAAAAAAGAAGAAGAGCAUUAAGAACGACCUUCAGAACAUGUGUUUCCAAAACCCGGACCUCAAAUACCUCGGCCAAAAGGCCUUCAUCAGUUACGCCCGCUCAAUCCACCUCCAAAAAGACAAAGAGGUCUUCAAACUCAACAAACUCGACCUCGACGCAUUUGCCUCUGGUCUCGGACUCCCUGGCACUCCCCAGAUUAAAUUCCACAAAGGUAACGACAUCAAAAAGAUCAAGAACGCCCCUAGAGACGGCAUGUCCAGCGGCUCCGAAUCCGACAUGGACCUCGACGGCGCAUACGACAAGACCAAAAAGAAGGACAAGAAAUCCGAAGUCCGCACCAAGUAUGACAAAAUGUUUGAGCGAACAAAUCAAGACGUCCUGUCGAGCCACUACGCCAAACUCGUUGUGGACGGCGGUAACGAAUCCGAGUCCGACGAUGAGUUCCUAUCCGUCAAGCGCCGCCUCAACGAUGAUGAUCUCGACGCCGAGAUCCAAAAGGGCCACAUUUCCAACACAAAGGUCCUACAUGGGCUCGGCGGCGAGGAGCCUUACGUUAUUGAUUCAAAGCGUCGCGAAAAGGCUCUUCAAUCAAAGAAGAAAAUGCUCAAGUUCAAGGGUGCUCCCACGAAACUCGUUUUCGACGAGGACGGCAACUCCCACGAGAUAUACGAGCUACAAGAUGAAGAUGACUUCAGGCAAGCAGGUCCAGCGGACGAACAGCGCCAGAAAUUCGUGGAAAGCGAGUCCACUAAAGUCAAGGAAGCCGAUAUCGACGAUAAGCAGCUUGCUAAGCAGAAGAAGCGAGAGAAGCGAGAGAAACGGAAAGCCAGAGAGCGCGGGGAGGCAGAUGCCGAUGAGGCACCUAUGCUGGCUGACGCGGCAGAUGGUGAGGAUCCUUUGGCGUUAUUACGAUCGUUGCCUACAGCCGGUGGUGCAGAAUCAGACGAGGAGCCGCCUAAGAAGAGAGCGAAGAAGUGGUUCGAGGAUGAUGAUGACGCGGAAAAGAAGAGUGGGAAGAAGAAGGGCAAGGUGUUCCAGGUUACGGACGAGCCGGAGACGUUGGAGGAUUUGGAGGCUCUGGCAACGGGAUUGCUGGACGGCUGA